AUGCUCACCACACGACAGGCCAGUUUGGAACAACUGUCCGACCUCGCCGCAGCCACACUGACGGAGGAUCCUAACUCCUUGCAAAAUUACGACACUACUCAAAGGUUAAAACAGUUGAAGACAGACUACGCAGCGGCGUGUGAGGAUACGAGAAAACGGAUCGUAUAUCUCACCGCAAAUCUUGAGAAGGCUAAGAGCUUCAGGGAAGUGCUAGAGUCCUUGGCUGCCUGGCUGCUUGCAGCAGAACGUAGGUUCGAUGCUCUUCCCGUCACCGCAACUCACGUCGCGAAGGGGCCCAAUGAGAUGUAUCGGUAUCAGCUUGAUGAGUUACAGCAAGUGAACGAGGAAAUACUAUCGCAUGAACCCGCCAUUCGACAACUGAGAGAAUGCGGAAACGGACUGAUGCAAACUUGUAAGGUGACUGAAGUUGACAGAAUCCGUAAAAGGCUCGUGGACACAGAGAAUCGGUUUGCUGGUCUUCAUACCAAAUGCACCGAUCGACUGCGCUGUAUGCUCUCCUGCCAACCGGAGGUUGACCAUGUCCUAGAGUCGGUUUACAACCUGAGCUUCCCGCUUCAGGACGCAGAAUCCUUGGCCGCUCAGCUGGGGCACGCGCCGGACCACCAGCAAUGGGGUGACAGCAUUAAUAGCCUUCGAGGUAGCGUGGAACAGGAGCUGCGACCACGGGUUAAAUCGCUUCGCUCAGGUCUAGAGAAGAUUGAGUGUCUGCUGCCCCGGGCUGCAUUCCUCGGCCUGCCCGCGGGACCU